CAUCCACAUCAUGUCUUCAAACUGUGGUCAACUUUCCCUCUUAUUCUCGAAGGCAUUUUCGGUCUUCUUCCCUUCUAGUUGUUGAAGCUACCUUUAACCAAAAUCGAAGAAGUCUUCCGUUCUUCGGUUCACUAUGAUUUUCAUAACCGAGCGGGUUCAAUUCGGUUAACGGUUUUGACGAAAACCGAGCUAUAAACACUCCAAAAGAUAAACAAUUGAACUAAAGCAGCUGAACUAAACUGAGUUGAUUGAAUCGGUUUGGCCGAACCGCAGCUGAAUCGAUUUAACCCAAAUGAUCAGAAUCCCUUAUUUCACGGUAAAUCCCAACGGCAGUCGACUAUGGCUGCACUGGACGGAUAGCGGAGGAUCUGAGGUCUAUCUGAGUAUCGGUACAAUACGAGCGGCGGUUAAAGAUCUGGGCUCACGAGCGGCGGAGCUGUAGCAGAUGUCAGUUGUUCACGACGGAGAAAAAAAGGUUAAGAAAAAUAUAUUUUCUUCUAGGGUUCUGAUACCAUGUCAAUUCUGGUAUUUUAUUGAUUCAUUUAGAUAUCUUACAAUGAGGAAUACCUAGAAUAUAUAUAUAUAUAUAUAGACAUAACAAAGGAACAGAAAAGCCUCUCUUUGAUCGAUUUGGCGUAUUUUCUGUACAGAAAGGCUACAUUGGAUAUGUCUUUCUGGUUCACCAAGCUGUAAUUAAACUGGUUUCCUGUUAAACAAAGUUCCAUUAGUAGCAAGUAAUCGUUAUUGGAAGGCUUAUGUUUAUGUAAAAGCCUUAUUUUGUUGUCCAUUCUAUGCAUUGUUCUAAUAGUUUUUCUUUCCUUCUGAGUAACUAUGUGGUUACCUCAGCCAUCGGUAAAAGGAUUUAUCAAAAUAUUUCCUCUAAAUGCCUGCAUUCCUUCCACCAAUACAAACAAGAGAAACCCAUCAAACAAUUCAAUAGAAAGUCAAGGAAGGGAACUAAGGUAGUUAAGAAGGAAGAAGUAGAUUUAAGGCGUUAUACUAGAGAUACAGUGAGGAACAUAUACAAUAUUCUGAGACAAUGCUCAUGGGGUUCUGCUCAAGAACACCUAGAGAUGCUCCCUAUAAGAUGGGAUUCUUAUCUCAUCAACCAGGUUCUGAAAACACAUCCACCAUUGGAGAAGACAUGGUUAUUCUUCAAUUGGGCCUCUAGGCUGCAAAUGUUCAAGCAUGAUCAGUAUACCUACACGACAAUGUUGGAUAUUUUUGGAGAAGCUGGGAGAAUUUCAUCCAUGAAUUAUGUAUUUCAACAAAUGAAGGAGAAGAGGAUAAAGAUAGAUGCAGUUACAUAUACUUCAUUAAUGCACUGGCGUUCAAAUUCGGGAGAUGUCGAGGGAGCUAUAAAGGUUUGGAAGGAAAUGAAAGCUAAUGGCUGCUAUCCAACUGUAGUUUCUUAUACUGCUUAUAUAAAGAUUUUGUUGGACAGUGACCAAAUUAAGGAGGCUACUGAUACUUAUAAGGAGAUGCUACAAUCUGGGCUACCUCCAAAUUGCUGUACUUACACCAUCUUAAUGGAAUAUCUUAUUGGAGAGGGUAAAUGCAAAGAAGCCCUUGAUAUUUUUUGCAAAAUGCAAGAUGCUGGAGUAUAUCCUGAUAAAGCGGCUUGCAAUAUAUUGAUUCAGAAAUGCUGUAAAUCAGGAGAGACACUUGUAAUGACACAAAUCCUUGAGUACAUGAAAGACAAACGCCUUGUGCUUCGAUACCCUGUGUUUGUUGAAGCACAUGAAACUUUAAAAAGUUGUUCUGUAAGUUAUACCCUUCUCAGGCAAGUUAAUCCUCAUAUAGAAAUUGAAUCAGUCAGUAAGGGUGAGGUUGUGAAUGUUAGUACAAGAUCUAAUAUUGUUCCUCCCAAUGUAGAUCAUGAGCUUUUGGCAAUUCUGUUGAAAGAAAAUAAACUUACUGCUAUUGACUACAUGCUCACUGGGAUUGUAGACAGGAACAUACAGUUGGAUUCUUCAAUUAUUUUAUCCAUCUUUGAGGUGAAUUGCAAAAGUAAUCGACCCAAUGGUGCUCUGCUGGCUUUCAAUUACUGUUUAAAAGAUGGUGUUAACAUUGAGAGAAAGUUGUAUCUUGACUUGAUCGGGAUUCUGAUACGAUCGAGUAUAUACCCAAAGUUGUUGGAAAUUGUUCAGAAAAUGUAUACGCAGGGGCAUUGCCUGGGACUCUAUCAUGCCACACUUAUACUUUAUAGGCUUGGCAAAGCUGGAAAACCUCAAUAUGCAAGGAAAGUUUUUAAUGUGUUGCCUGAAGAAUUGAAGUGCACUGCAACUUACACUGCUCUGGUUGAUGCUUAUUUCUCUGCUGGAAGUUCUGGUAAAGGGCUUAAAAUUUACGAAACAAUGCGAAAGAAAGGAUUUGCACCAUCUUUAGGCACAUAUAAUGUGCUGUUAGCUGGUCUUGCGAAGUGCGGUAGGAUUGAUGAAUUACAUAUCUAUAGAAAGGAGAGGAAGAGUUUUGAGAUUAGUCAUCAUUCUCAUCUCUAUACAAUAUUGGAGGAAGAAAGGAUUUGUGAUCUUCUUUAUGGAGAAUUGGUAUGUUGAGGAGAAUUAGGGGAAGAAAGGGUUUGUGAACUAUGCACUCACGACGCAGAAUGGACUGGCGAGGCUAUAAAAUUCAAUGUUUUCAAUCUCAGCAUCUCCAACAGGGCGUGACACAGUUUUAUUAUUGUCUUGUCACACUUGAGUCAUGUCAGGAAGCAACGUGCUAUGCUUCUGUAUGCUGUCGUGACUUGGUCAUCAGUUGAUGUUGACAAAGUUAUUCAUAAGUUGAUGCACCAGAUCCGACGAGGUUCUGUUACAGCUAGCUUUGGACAUUCGUAAAUUGAUCACUGCCUUCUGUUGGAAUGUCAGCAUGGUGUGAUACCCAGAUGAGGAGUCUUCAGAAUUGGAAACUUGGGGCUUCUCCAACUGCUAGUCGUGAUGAGGACGCUCUGAAGGAUGCAAUUUCUGUACCAGGCCAGAUGAACGCUCAACUGUCCUGUCCCAUCCUAUGCGGAACUAUUUACUGUCUCAUCUUCGCUACGAGCAUAUGACAGCCUAACUGAGUGAGGCACCAUGUUGAGGUAGAAGCAGCCAGGGUGCCACAACACGUCCUGGCAUUGGCAUUCCCACACAUUCCUGCACCAUCACUUUUGCCCUUCCCCUCGAUAGUCGACUUACACCCUAUUUUGAUGGCGAUGGCAAUGAUGAUUCAAAAAGUCUUCCUCUGGCAAAACCUUUCCCUGUUCUUUUAUUUAUUCUGUCUAGUCUGUAUUAAUUUCCUGUUUAUGGGUGUAUGUUUUUGGCCUCUAUUUUGUUGGUGACGAUUUGGAUUGCCUUUAUAUAUUGGAUGGUAUUCUAUUUUAUUUUUUAAAAAAUUAUUUAUUUAUC